CUCGGGAUAAUAAACGGCUGUGCCAAUUGAGACACUCCUACGCUAUUUAAGCAGAUCUCCACUUUAAUAGCUCCAACUUACUAACUAAUUUCCCCGCUCUUUUUUUCUGGUUUUUUUUUUCCCAAACAGGACUACACUCAACUCCACUUCACUUUCCUCCCUUUUUCUCUUCCCACUUUCCUUCGUUUUCUUUCUAUCCAAACAUGCACUCUGCAACCUUCAAAACACCUUCUUUUCCUUCUCCUUCUUCUCCGUCUUACUUUCCAAGAAUAUCUUGCCCUAACCCUAGAUGGAUUCAAUUCAACCCUAAAAAUAAAAGCGAGAGAGAAUUAUUCUUUAAAUCUCUCAAAUGUAUUCACUCUGACUCGAAAUUUCACUCUUUAUCAUCUCAUCAUCCGUUAAAAUCACAAACUCGAAAGCCUAACCAGUCGGCGUCAUGCUUGGCGGUCACUGUGUCGUCUCCGGCGGGACUCUCUGGUGUAGCUGACAGGCUUCACAGUUUGAUCUCGGAAUUUAAGUCUCUGUCCGAGCCAAUCGAUCGCGUGAAACGGUUGUUACAUUACGCGAGUACUCUCCCUCCGUUUGACGAGUCGGCGCGUGUGCAAUCGAACCGAGUCAUGGGCUGCACGGCUCAGGUGUGGUUGGAGGCGAACAUGGAUUUGAAUGGGGCGAUGAGGUUCAGAGCCGAUAGCGAUUCAGAAAUCACCAAGGGGUUCUGUUCCUGUUUGAUUUGGGUACUGGAUGGGGCGGCGCCGGAGGAGGUGUUGGCGGUGAAGACGGACGAUAUGGUGGAGAUGAAUGUGGGAUUGGCCGGUAGGGCUCAUUCGAGGGUCAAUACUUGGCAUAAUGUGCUGAUUAGUAUGCAGAAUAGAACGAAGGCUAUGGUUGGUGAGAGAGAAGACAAACUUUCGCCGGAACAUUUCCCUCCUUUGGUUGUCACCGUAGAUGAUAUCGCCGCCAAGGGAAGUUACCCCGAAACCCAGGCAAGAUUUGUCUUCUGACAAGUUGAGAUUAAAGAACUUGUCAGUGUAAAGAUGAGGAUGUGUACGUGUGUGGAUUCCAAAUGUAUGGAGAAAUUUCUUCUUAUGGACAAUAAAGUUGAGUGCCCAACUUCUUGCCGACAAUGGAACUGGUUUACCAACAAUCGUUGUGAAGUCAUUGUCAAAAUAAUCUUAAAAGAGAAAAAAGCAGAUCGCACCUGCUUCUUCAGAGGGUUAAAGAUCUCAGAAGGGUCAAUCUCAGAGUUUCCAUUAGAAGAUUCCUCUACAUACCUAACCUUUUGCUUAAUUUUCUUUUAAUCCAUUUCUUUGUGUACAAGCUUGAAACUUUUAUUCUGAACAUGAUUAUUCUCGAGUAUUGUAAGGAUGAGUUAAUAGCCUUUCUGUUGUGGUUAUCCUGUCUGGAGUCGGAUAGUAUCAAAGGAGCCCUGGCUCAUA